UUUAAUUCUCAAAAUCCCCAAAUUGAGGAAAGAAAACCUAAAAAUGGCGGCAGCCGAACCGAAAGUGAUGAGGUUGAAACUGUUGAUCGACACCAAAGGCAAAAGAGUCCUCUACGCCGAAGCCGGAAAAGAUUUCGUCGAUUUCCUGUUUCAGUCACUCUCUCUGCCGGUGGGCACCGUCGUCAGUCUACCCAAACCCCAAGUAAACGCCGGCGCAUUAGCGAACCUGUACGAGAGCAUGAAGAAUCUCAACGAAUCCUACCUUCUCAAAUCGAAGCAGACGAAAGAUCCCCUUUUGAAACCGUUGCUCCGUUCUCUCUCCGCGAGUCAGGGUUUUAAUCCUCUGCUCCCCGCCAACAAUGCAUCCGCUGCAACAAAAUGCUACGCGUGCAAUUACUGUCGACAACAGGCUUCUCUUGAACCAAACACAACUUGUCCGAGGUGCAAUUAUAAAAUGGGGCAAGUUCUAUCUUUUGUGGGUGUUUCUGUUUCUGAAGAAGUCGGAUUUGUCAAGGAUAUGGUUCCUUACAUGGUGAUGGAUGACUUGUCUGUCACGCCAUUGUCUACCAUGUCCAGCUUCGCUCUGCUGCGGAAACUUGAUGUUAAGGAUAUGAGUGUAGUUGAGGAAAAAGUGGUCAAUUUUGGCAAGGAUGAGGUAUUUUUAAUUAUAGCAAAUAAUCUUUCAAAGUAUAUUCCUGAAAUAUAG